GUCCCUGCUUUUUCAAAAUAAACCCGCCAACAGUUGUUUUUCUAUCAAAAGUGUUCUAUGUUUGUUUAUAUUAAAUCAGUAAACCAUUUUUAUAAUAAUUCGUUUAAUUUGAAUCAUGUCAUGUUCUGAUAAAGUUGUUAAAGUUGACUACCCAAAAAACAAUUGGAUCGAAUGGUGUAAAAAGAAGGGUUUAAGUGACCAUUUAUGGAAUAAAUUUUCUUCCCGUAAAGUUGAAAUCAAGCCAGAAGAAUGUAAACCUUUACGCUCAUUAAAUGAUAAAAUUAAGGAAGAAGAACUUGCCCAAUUUGGUGAUUUUGGUGAUAUUUUUGAUGAAGAUUUAGAUGAAGAUGUGGAUUACGAGAAAUCUUGUGCCAAACCCAGUAUAGGCUCUAUCAAAAUAGAGUCUCCGCCAUCCGUUUAUGUAACUCCAAAAGAAAAUUUGUCAGUUUUAAAUGGCUCUUCUUUUGAAAACUCAUCUUCUGACAAGCCGAAAUUUCAACCUCAAUUCAAUACACCGCAUACAUCUGGCUUCGUUAGUGCCUCACAAGUUGCUGCCAAGUUGCAGGAAUCUUCUUCUCAUAAAUCAAAUUAUUCAUUCGAACCUAUCACUGCCCCAGCCAGUAAUUUAAACUCUCCAUUAAAUAGCUUAAAUGUUCCUGGUCCAAGUAAUCGCUUCUAUCCAAGUAAUCGACCUGAACCUGAUGAAAUUGUUUUAGAUGAUGAUGAUGAAGAUGAAGUUAUCGAGGCUGCUGAAGGUGUUGGAGAUGAGGAAGAUUAUGAUGCCAUGUUCGACGAUGAUUUAGAAGAAAUUUUGGACAACGAAUCUUUCUUGGUAGAAGUUCCUCAUGAUGAAACACCAAUGCACACAAAUUUCAAUAACUUCAAUAACUUCAAUAAUCUAACCAAUAAUGAGUCUAUUCGAAGUGAAUUCGAUUCGAGUUAUGCUGGUAACUCUUCUGCAUACUUUGACAAAGAUGUAAGCGUGAUUCAGUAUAAUUUUAAUGAUGGUGUCGAUGAAGUAGUGCAAACAGCUGGUACAAAAUUCUUAGGUCACCAUCGUAAUGAUGGUGAUGAUCCCAAAUUAAAAUCAGUUGCGUUGAAACAUUCAGCUGAAAUGUUGAGAGUUUUCAAGGAAAUAUUUGGUCUCAAAAAAUUUCGAACCAAUCAAUUGGAAGCUAUAAACGCUGCUUGUCAAGGCGAAGAUUGCUUUAUUCUUAUGCCUACUGGUGGUGGUAAAAGUAUCUGUUAUCAACUGCCCGCUCUCAUUGAUCCAGGCGUGACCAUAGUUAUAUCUCCGUUAAGGUCUCUAAUUCAAGAUCAAGUUACAAAAUUGAACCUUUUAGAUGUCCCAACGGAAGCCUUAACUGGCGAUACAGAGGCUGAAAAAGUUCAAGAGAUACUUAGAGACUUAAGAAGUGAGAUACCAAUUACCAAGCUUUUAUAUCUAACACCUGAAAAGAUUAGUGCUUCAGAGACAAUACAAUCUAUUUUCCGAUCACUCAAUUCCAAAGGAUUGCUUUCAAGAUUUGUUAUCGACGAGGCUCAUUGUGUUUCGCAAUGGGGACACGAUUUUCGCCCCGAUUACAAGAAACUGUGUGAAUUACGAAUACAAUUUCCUAAUGUUCCAAUAAUGGCACUGACAGCAACUGCUACUCCCCGAGUUCGUGUUGACAUUCUUCAUCAAUUGCGUAUUGAAAAACCAAGAUGGUUUAUACAAAGUUUCAAUCGUCCCAAUUUAAAGUUUGAAGUUCUGCCUAAAAAGAAGGAUACUGUCCAGGAAAUUGCUUCUCUCAUCAAGUCAAAAUUUCCAAAUAAAAGUGGCAUUAUUUAUUGUUUAUCUAGAGCUGAAUGUGAAAAUGUGGCACAGCAAUUGAUCAAUAAAAGAAUCAAAGCAUCAGAAUAUCAUGCUGGAAUGGAAGACGAGAGAAGAGCCGAUGUUCAAAACCAAUGGAUUAAUAAUAACAUCAAAGUAAUUUGUGCUACCAUCGCCUUUGGAAUGGGAAUUGAUAAACCAGAUGUGCGUUUUGUUAUUCAUUAUUCUCUGCCGAAAUCAAUUGAAGGCUACUAUCAAGAAUCUGGUCGAGCUGGUAGAGAUGGUGAUUUAUCAUACUGUUAUUUAUAUUUUGCUCCUGCUGAUAAACUGAGACUGUACCGCUUACUGGAUAGAAGUGAAGCUAAAGGAACGCCAAUUCAUAAGAUUCAUAUUGAAAAUGUCAAUCUGAUGACCUUUUAUUGUUGCAAUAAAGCGGAAUGUCGAAGAGUUCAAAUGUUGGCAUAUUUUGGAGAAUUAUUUGAUGAAAAAGAAUGUAAAAAGAACAAAGCAACUGCCUGUGAUAAUUGUUCAAGUCAACAAAACUUCCAAGAAGAAGAUAUAACAGAGGAUGCAAAAGCGAUCGUAAAAAGUGUAGACACAAUGAACCGAGGGCAACGCAGAAACUUCACUUUAAAUCAUUUAGCUGACGUUUACAAAGGUUCGAACAAUAAACAAAUCAUGGGAUUAAGACAUAACGAGCUUCCAGCCCAUGGAAAAGGAAAACGUUUAUGUAAAGACGAUAUUGAUCGAAUUCUGAGAAAAUUGGUUUGUGAUAACUAUCUUCGUGAAGAUUUGGUUGUGUUACCAAAACAAGAUAUGGCAGCUAUUUAUGUUAGACCAGGAAAAGAAAGUGUUAAAUUGUUAAAUGGUUCUGUGAGGUACACAAUUCCUUUGGCGAGAACUCAAGCUAAAGCUGAUAAUGAAAGAACUAAGGAUAAAGAGUUGGCUGAGGACAAGGCAUUGCGUCAAUUAUCUGAUAGAUGUUAUGAAGCAUUGGUCGAAGUAUCGAAACAAAUUGCCAACAGUACUAAAGCAUUUGGAAAUAAAACCGCUUACCAUCACGUUAUUCCACUUGAAGCUCUCCGUGAGAUGUCAGUUAAAUUACCAUUAACUGAACAAGAUAUGCUUGCUAUUCCUCAUGUUUCUGGUCAUUGGUAUAGCAAAUAUGGUUUAAGAUACUUAAAUGUAACCCAAAGUUACAAUGAAUUGAAAAAUGAAAUUGAAUUUAAGAAACUACAAUCUGAAUUACAAGCAAGCGCUAGUCAAGACAAACAAUCAAAUAGCGCUAAGCGCAAAAAAGCUGGAGGACCUUCAACAAGUUAUGAGCCAUUACCAGUGAAAAAGAAAGCGUUCAAUGGUUGGUCUAACAAAAGUAAUCAACCUAGAAAAGGUCCCUCUUCAACUUUAUCUUCAAAUACGGGUGAAAAUAGGUUUCCUAAUUCUAAAUCAUUCAACAAAAGUAAUUCCUCUAAUAAAAAUAACUCUACUGCUAAAAGUAAUGGUAAAAAAAAUCCUUAUAUAUUUUAUUGAUUCUUUACAGGUGAUUAAAAGUCAAUCGUUUCGCAUCACAGUGCAUCACAAUUUUUCAGAUCAUUCAAUGUUCAUGCAUUUUCACACCUUUUCAUACUUUUCAUCAAAAUUUCAACUUUAUUUAUUUUCUCAAUAUUAAAUCAAUUACUUUGUACCAUAGACAUUAACUAAAUCACAUUAUUUUUUAAAUAAACAAUCAGACAAUAUUCUGCUUGAUUAA